CAUGCCUCCGUGACGUCACGCCCCUUCGCGGACGCACAUCUCGGCGGAAUGCGGCAGGUGUAGCCUUGGAGCCACCCACCAGGCGAACUCCUGACGGGUGAGCUAGUGCAGCCUGUCAGUGUGCGCAAGAGCACCGCAGAGAGCUCACCAACAGGGUUCAGUGCACCAAAAAAACAGAGGGGAUUUCCCAGCUUCUCUCAGCAAACUUCGGCAGCGAAUAGAAGACAAAGUGCAUAUUGUACAUUCUGAUAUCACAGAGGACCAACAGUCGACAGCCGCCAUCGAAGGACGAGCUCAGACACGCCCACGCUACCGCCACCAACUUGAAUCCUUCCACAUGAUGUCCUGGUGUAUCUCCUCUGCUCUCUGGGCUCUGUGAUCACCUCAUCCUGCCUCCUCAGUCUGUCUACCCUCUCCUCUCUUCUCCCUCAGCUGGUGAUUCAUGGGUGUGGUGUUUGCGGAGGACACUGGAGGAGGACUGUGGAAGUUUGCUGUCUUGACUAAGGAGUUGAACUUUCACCUUCAGCAGCUGCAGACAGAGACUGAACACGAGAUCAACAAUAUCCAGACACAACAACUGCACAUUGAAGGCCGUCUGCAGCAGCUGACCUCUGAGUCGUUUGUUCUGCGAGAGAAGAAGAAACAAAUCCAGCGAGAAUUCACAAGUAACCCCACCCUUCACACGUCAACUUUGCAGUUGAGGGCUUGUCGGGCCCUUCAGGUCUCUAUUGCUGAGGGUCUGGUCCAGUCAGAAAGGCUUGUGUUCCAAAAGGAGGCACUGAGCACGCUCCGUAACCUUCUGACACAAGACCUGCACAGAUACCAGGAAGAGACUCAAAGACUAGCGUGUUUCACACAGAGAAUUCUCAAACACAGGCCAGAAGAGGAGACUUCCGCCAAGAGCCCCAGUGGCCACAGCAUGCAAGAAAAGACCGAGACAAACAACAUGCAUACACCUGCGUCUUCCUCCCAAUCGCCACUUAGUCCACAGCAGAGAACCGACAAAGAAGAAGCCGAACAGAACUGGAGAGCCAGUCAGAGGAAAGCAGGCCUCUCAAAUCUGCAACGAACCAGCAGCAUCAAAGACCUUAUCAGUAAAUUCUCUGGUCCAGAGCAUGACUUAUAUCUCGGGUCUUCUCUGGGUCUUUUUUCAGCCGCUGGAAGAGAUCCAAAGUUCACUUCCUUUGAGACAAUCUUGUCUCCUAAGUCCAAGUUGAGUCCGACUGUUAUCAGUCGAGACGACAGUCCGCUUCCAAGCAUCUCUGUGACGCCUCCGUUCAGGGAGGAAAUUCAGCGAGCCGCUGAAUCUUCUCUGACAGAUGCGGGAAUUAGCCAGAUAACUGCAAGAAUUGAUUGUCCAGUAGGAAGCAGCAGUCAGAGGACAGAUUCAAACAAAACAAAAGACUCUGGUAGAGAUUCGGUGGCAGACUCUGGCAUGGGAUCGGAGCCUGAAAGCGAAUCAAAUAAGCAAACAGACAGCCUGUCAGAGGAGGAGCCCUCCACUCCCCGAGUCGUGCCGCCCAGCCCCAAAUAUCAGCUGUUCCUCGACAAUGAUCUGAAGACCAACGGCUUGAGUGGCAAGGAUGCAGAUGGUCCGGGAGGCGGAGGGUCGCCGGGGGAAAACAGCCCCAGGCUGUCCCGGUGGGAGACCACUCAGCCGGGGCUCAACAACUUCCAAGGGUCCUUGGAGUCACUUGCCUCCCGGGACUUAGAAACUGAUCGGACCAUCUAUGCUGAAAGCCCUCGAGUGUUCAACAGUCCCUACACCACCCUGAAUAUAAACACAUCUGCUGAUUACAACCCCACAUACCGAACGAAGGAGUUUAAGAGUGGAAUUUCCACCUCAGAGUUGAACCUGCACACCUUGAACAGUCACAGCAGCAGUCCCCUGUCUAUGAGGGGCUCCGCUCUCCUGCCCCCUCGCAUGCGAUAUACUGCCUACGAUUCUCUGUUGAAGAGGAGGAACGAGGUUCCCAACCCUGUGAUAUCAACCCACUACAGCAUGCGCGCUGCCACACUGGGGGGCCUGAGUAGAAAAGACUUUAUUGAGGAAUUGACCUUACAGUUGGAUAACUGUCAGAAGCGAAACCAGUUUCUGGAGGCCGAGAGUGUGGAGAUGGAGAAAGAGAGGACCCAGAUCAGGUUUGAAAUGAGGGGCCUAUUGGUGAACAGCGAAGACCUGCUGAGGACAAACACGCAACUGUCCAAUGAAUUGAAGAGAAUGAGGGAGCAAAUGAUCGAGAUGCAGAGAACAAAUCAGGCCUUGGAGGAGAAAAACAGAGAGAUGGAGAUUGAGGUGAAGCAGGCCCGCGACAUGAUGUUGGAGGCCAACACUCAGGAGUACGCCUUCGGCUUCCUCCAGCAGUCCCUUAAAAACAAGAUCCAGGAUGCCGAGGACUCCCUUGAGAAGGAGGCGCUGCACUCUCAGAAUCUGGCAGAGAAGUUAUGGCUGGCAGAGAGACAGAUGGAGGAGCUGGAGGUGGACAAAGACAGCAAAAGCAAGAAGGCGUCUGAACUCAGGGACACUGUCAUACGACUGGAGACAGAGCUGGCCGACGCCCUGCAGAUGUCCUCACAGUCUUCAGCAGAGUUUAACCUUCAGCAGAAAUUGCGUCAGGACGCCCAGCUGAGGAUGGAGGAGCUGGAGGAGAGUCUGCUGGAGAAGGAGCAGGAGCUUCAGAAACAUCAGGCACUCAUCAUCAGACUGCAAGGAGAUGUGUCUGGUAAGCUGAUAGACAAAGCGCAGACGCUGGAGGAGGAGAUCCAGCUGAGAGAGAGACUCCAGCUGCAGUGCAAGCAGGCGGAGAGGACCGUGGACGACCUCCAAAUGGAGCUCCAGACCACCAUCCAGGCCAAAGAGGACCUGGCCAAACAACUCAAGCAGGCUCAGGAGAAGAUGAUUGACCUCGAGUCUGAUGUGGAGGAGCUGCAUGAUAGUGAGCAGAGAUGGGCCGCCAAGCACAAGAGAAAUAUUGAACAGACUGAGCAGCUGCAGAUGAAGCUCAUUCAGGAGAAAGAUCUGAACGACCAACUUGAAACUGAGAAGGCCAUCACGGAGAGACAGUAUCGUGACCUGCGUCUGGAGAUGGAUGAGCUUCAAAGCAGCAAACCUUUGGAGGACGUCAUCUCCAAGACGGAGAGCCGUGUCAAAGAGCUGGAAAACCUUCUGAGAACUGAGGAGAGAAGCAAAGCCGUUCUUUCCAACACCAUUGGGAAACUGGAGAGGAGGAUCAACGAGCUGAGCGAUCAGAUAGAGGAAGAGCACCGGUUGGCUGCUGAGCAGAAAGACUUGAUGGCCCAGAGAAUCCGCUCGCUGAAGCGGCAGCUGAACGAGGCCGAGGAGGAGGCGAGCAGGCGGGACGCUCAGCUCCGUCACACUCAGCGGGAGCUGGCCGAGGAGAGGGAGUCCAACGGACGGCUUCAGAGGCAGCUGCUCGACCAACACCUGCAAACAAAGCGUAAGGAUACCCUGACAAUUCGCCAGACCCUCGAUAACCUGCGGCUGGACCUCAGCGUGGAUGAUGAAGAUGAACUCGUGCCGCAAAAAAUAGAAGAGAAAGUGCCGGAGCAGAUCAGUAAGGUCACUGAGGUUUAAAAAUCCACCGUCAAUUUGUCAGAGGGUGAGAAGGAUCCCGAUGGGGCUCCACUAGCAGCAGCUCUCAACACGUAUCACAGUCACAACACAGUAUCGCAUGUUGCAUGGGAUCAAGUUUAUGUGUGUUCAUGGGGGCCCAAUUCUACGCCACAUCUUUGCGAGCGUGCAUGCAAGACGCACAGCACAGACACAUUGUCCACACGUAACAUUAUUUGGAAGCAUGCUUUACUUGAGAAACACAUUGUUUCUACCAUCGAAAUAAUCACAGGUCGUGCACAUUUUUUUUAUGUAUCGAACAAAAAUUCUAAAGUCAAAGUUCACUGCGCAAAAUGUUACAUGUUGACCAUGUACAUAAUAAGUACGCCUGUUCAUUUUUUCUCUGUAUCACUAUCAAUAACUUUAUGGAUAAAUGAUCAGGAAUAUGUAAUCUUGGACAAGAUAAAAACUUCAAGACACAACUCACAGGACACUUCAUUAGGUACACCUGCAUCUGAGUUGCAUCGCACACACUCUGCCUUUAACAAAGACAACAUUUGACAGUCGCAGUUCUGUUUUGUUCUUGAUUUGUGGUUGUAGCUUCUAAUGGUGACGAACUGAGCAGAGUUGAUUUUUCUUUUUGUUUUCAUGCAGUUCUUUGAAAUUAUUACAUUGUGCAGGCGUCCCUAAUGUGAUCUGCCAGCGAGUGUGGCAUCAGUUUUACCCCCUCCCCCCCCCCCCCCCCCAGUACGAACAGACUAUGUCCAUCAAAAAGAUAUUCUCCGUUUAUGUUCUUCUAUAGCGACAUUUGAAUGUUUGAGAUGAAUUGUAGAGUUAAUUCACAGAGAAGGGAAUGUAUGAUCAAAUAAGUGCCAGCACAAUAAUAUUCUCAGAACUUCAAAGAAUUGUCUAAUAUAUUUAUUACUGUCCUGAUCGCCAAACUCGCUGUUCACAGGUAGUGUUUGAGUUUUAAAUGUGCCUUAACAAGUAUGAACUCACUAUUAAAAAAGAUUUAAGAAGGUGUUUUAGAAUUCAUGCCAUUGUACAGAAAGGUUAUCAAAUUCGAGUAAAAUUUGUAUUUGUUACUCAACUGGGUUUUGCAAUCAUUUAUGCAGAAAAAAUAAUGGGUGCAGUAUAAAAAUUAUUCAAGUUUUCAUUUUGAUUUUAUGGAGGUUUGCAGACAAUCUGUAAGGUUUUGUUUUUUUUUGGGGGGGGGGGGGGGGGGGUUUCAUGUUAAAAAGUGUUUGUUUUUUUCAAUUUUUGGGGGGGUCAUUAUAUUUUUACUGGUUGUUACUAUAUUACAGGGAUACGACAAAACACUGUGUAAAAGUGCAGAGCGUGGGAGUCACACAACAACUUUUACAAAUGUAUUUAUAAUGAAUAAACUGUGUUGACGUUGCAUUGCUAAUCACUCGCUGGGCAAAACAGGUUUGUAAAGUAUGAAAAAUGAACUUUUGAAGCUGUGUCGCGAGUAUUUUGGGGGGUGUAUACUGCCGAAUGCAAAAAAAAGAAAAAAAGAAUGCAAAACAUAAAUAAAUAAACUCGCUGUGCCUUGUGCGUCAAUGAGCCUCAUGUGCUUAUUGAUGUUUUUAACAUCCAGACUGCAAUAUGAAGUUUUAAAACGGAAUUAACGUGAAAAUGCAAAAGAAUAGGCUUGCGCGGACGGAUACAUUGAAUAUUGGGGAAAUUAUGCUUCUUUUGUUUUGAUCUUGACUAAAGUCUUUUGUGGGCUUUGAUACAUGAACUCACUGCCUCCUUUGGGCUCAGAGAAUAAGUGAGCUAUUUUUUACAUAUAUACAGUUUGUUCUAAACCUACUAUUCAGAUAAAGCCUGGAUUAUAUCUAUUUUGUUUACAUUUGCCGGUGUAUUUACUUUUCAUGCUGUUUGGAGUCGAUUUGAAUUAUUGCCUCGGUGUCAUUGCUGUUCUUUCUGCAUUAAAUAAAAGAAGCGACUACAAUUAUUUACAACAAAUUAAAAGAUACUGUUUUUUAUUUUCCAUUUCAUUAAACAUUUAUACUAGUUAUGCUGUUCAUGAUGGAUAUUUAUUGUUGUUUUUCCACAUUCCCUGUCUUUGGUGAGAAGUUUCCUCAAUAAAUUCUUCUCCAAAGAAAAA